GUUUGCUGAGAACAGAAGGAAAGAAAGGAAGGAAGAAACAUCUGUAAAUGACAUGCUGUUUCUACAUCUUGUAUUACUAGCUGCUCUCUCAGGUGGUGGCAGUGCAGACGUACCUGACCAUCUACGAUCCACAGCAGUCCAGGAAUACACCUCAUUCUAUAUCAUCCAGAUCUCAACCUUUGCCAACCAGUCCUGGGCACGGAAUCAGGGCUCUGGUUGGCUGGAUGAGUUGCAGACUCAUGGCUGGGAGAGUGAAGCAGGCAAAAUAAUUUUCCUGCGCCCAUGGUCUAAGGGCAACUUCAGCAAUGAGGAGUUGACACAUCUGAGCCUGCUAUUCCAUGUCUAUCUGAUUGGAUUAACUCAGGAGAUUCAAGACUAUGCCAGUCAACUGCAGUUUGAAUACCCCUUUGAGUUUCAGAUGAGAGCUGGCUGUGAGCUGCGUUCUAGGGACACCAUAGAAGGCUUCUUCCAGGUAGCCUUUCAAGGAUCAGAUUUCCUGAGUUUCCAAAACAUGUCAUGGGUGCCGGCUCCAGAGACCGAGGGAAGGGCCCAGAGAGCCUGUAAUCUACUCAAUCAGUAUGAAGGCAUCAAGGAAACGAUGCAUAAGCUCAUAGGAAACACCUGCCCCCAAUUUCUCUUGGGUCUCCUCGAUGCAGGGAAGAUGUAUCUCCAGAGACAAGUGAAACCAGAGGCCUGGCUGUCCAGUAGCCCCAUCCUUGGGUCUGAUCAGCUGGUGCUGGCUUGUCACGUCUCUGGCUACUACCCAAAGCCUAUCUGGGUGAUGUGGAUGCGCGGUGAGCAGGAGCAGUCAGACACUCAGCAAGGCGACAUCCUGCCCAGUGUUGACGGGACCUGGUACGUUCGCGCGAUCCUGCACGUGGCGGCCGAGGAGGCAGCGGGCCUGUCUUGUCGGGUGAGGCACAGCAGUCUAGGAGACCAGGACAUCGUUCUCUACUGGGGACAUCACUUCCCCAUGAACUUGAUCCCCUUGGCAGUGAUUGCUCCUCUAGUGCUUCUAAUGGUCCUUGCAUUAUGGGUUAAAAAGCACUGCUCCUAUCAAAGCAUCCCAUGAGAGUCCUCACCACGCCACCCUGAUUGGAGUGAGAAUCCCGCAGCCCAGGAACCUAGGACACCAUAGUGAUGUCAUCCUUUCUCUUCUGCAUUUAAUUUUUUUUCUGUUUCUGCUUUAUAAUCAUUUGUUAAUAUAAACUAAUUUAAUUUCUGUAACUCUCUGUGGAAUACCUUCCUUGUGAUCUCCAUUUAUUCAAUAGAACUCACCCUUCAAAGCCCACUUCUGAUGUCACAUUCUCCAGAGGACUUCCCUUGUCCGGAGCGGGAAGCAGUCUCUCCCUGGUCUGAACCCAGACAGCACUUCAGCUGUACCCUGCUCCAUGUGUACGCUACUUCUUGUACUGAAUUGCAGUUUCUUGGGUCUUUCUUCCCCUUUUAGUAUUUAGACUCCUUUGGGACAAGGAUCAUGACCAAUGUAGCACUUAACUACAAUGACCUGCAUGUAGUCAGUGCUCGGCGAAAAUCAAACCAGAACCAACCAACCAUAUCCAAGUUGGUUUCGCUGACAUGUUGACAGGCUUUUCUCAUUACCUUCAUUCCUGACAUCAUUGUACUAUUUGAAACUCUGCUGUUUCCCCUCUUGUUUAAAUGUUUUUCACUUGAGUAGGAAAUUCCAUACUCCUUUAACUUCCUCACUUUCUCUCUAAACUCUUAAAGAAAAAUGCAGUUUUGCUCCUUGCCAAAUUUGUUUUCUAAAUACAUUUAGUCAACUGUUUCCAAUGUCUUCCAAACACAAAGAGAGAAAGAGUGUGCAGACCACAUGUGAAGGGAUGUGUCACUGAAUGGUUAAGAAAAAGGAGCCAGAAAGUGGUCCUGGAAAUGAGGGUGGGAUCAAGGCAAAGGAUGUAUGUGGAAAACAAACCCCCCAGGUACGCUUGCCUAGACGUUGAUUCCUUUAAGUUUCAUUCACUAAUCAAGUACUAUUGGUUAAGCACUGAAUACAAGACAGGCGUAUUCACUAACUUGUAAACUGGUCGGGGAGAAAACAAUCGAGAUUGUACUUACUUGCUUGAAGUUAUGUUUACUUCUUCAGUCUGUCCUUUUCCUUUUUACU